AUGUCGAAAGUCCGCCGCAAACCCGCACCCACAUUCCCCUACUCUCCACGAUAUCCGAUACCCGACCCGACCGACCCCUUCGUUCCGCUCAAGGUAUUACGCGAACGCGCGUCGUCCAACAACGCGACACUCAACUUUUCUUCGGAUAAUUCAUCUUUCGGCAAUGGCACCCUGGACCGCGAUGGCUUCUACCUCACAGUUAAUUCCGACGAACACGGGCAAGGUCUUGACAUAGCUUAUCCUCCGAGUAGCACUGACCACCACGAGCCGCUCACACCCCCGUCCGUCUGGCCAGAACGUCUUGGUGGCUAUUAUUCAGACAAUAUUCCCGCGAAACGACAGCGUCCCCCUCGCUCCCGACCCAAGCCGAGCCGAGAAUCAAGGACCUACUUCUCUGACGCCGAUCUUCCGGCAAGUUCACCAAACCAAUUCCUCCAAGACCAGCAUCCGCGCCAUCGUGAGAAGCCAGUUGAGCCGCAGGUACUACAAUAUCGCAGACGGUCCAAGUCCGCCUUUCUCGCGCCGCCGCCGAGUCAGAACCACAGCCAGGGUCAACGCGAGGAACUCUCUGCGGCUGGCUUCACUGCGUCUCAGUCUAAUGUUGAUCUUCCCAGGUCAGUACACUCUGAGGUGGAAGAGGUGCAACCGCCUCCACCUCCGCCCCCAGAGCCAAAGCCAGACGUGAUGCAGACGCGACAGUACACUUACGAUGAUCGUCAGUCGCACGGGUAUCUAAUCGGCGCGCCCAGUAGCGACUUCGACAUACACGAGCCUCUCCCUACGGAUGCUCAGUCGCAUUCACAGUCGCUGCGUUCCACGACGCCGCCAAUGACCCCGGACGACACCCUCAGCCUGAGCAGCUCUAGCGCGCGGGACCGCUCAGCGUCGCUCUCCCCGCGCUCAUUGUUGGUAUUCCGCGACCUCCCUCGAGUCACGUCGAGGCCUGUACUGGACACGAGCUUCUCGGUGCUGGAGGACCGCAAGGGUGCUGUGGAGCUAGAUCAGGAGACCCCUACGACGGCGCCGUUGCACAGUAAAGACUUCCCGCUGUUGCGCGUCACAUCUGCGCCGCCAUCCCCGGAAGCUUCUCCUACUGUUGUUGCGUCGGCCCCUUCUUAUGUACCUGAGGAAUCUUAUCCUGCCAGCGAACCGGAGCCGGAAUCGAGGCCUAGGCGCGGCAGGACGGAGAGCGCGAGCAAGCGGCAUACCAUCCACCAUAGGGUCCGUAAAACGUCCAGCAUCAGCAGCGCACGCUGGAGGAAGCAGUCGUAUCCUGGGCACCGUCCUGCCACCAGGAAGCAGUCAACGGAAAGUGAGUCCUCUCUCUCAGCUGCGCUUGCGGCCGUGCAGGCCCUCGUGGAGUCGCCCACUUCAGAAACCCCGGAGCGGGCUGACGCAAAUGCCGCGCCCGCUGUGAGUAGCGGACCCUCGUCAUUCCCUGCCGCGCUCGUGCACGCGCAGGGGACCACAAGGCCGUUGCAGCCACAGGCGAAGCGCGCGUCCAUUGUGCCGCCGGCAGACAACGCGGGGACGGAGAGCGAUCCGGGUCCGGGCUCCAGGACGACGCGCUUCAUCCUGCACAAACCGAAGAAGAGUCUGUCCCACGUCAGUCUUGUGCUGGCGGGCUUGCCGAACGUGAGCAUGGGCCCGACGAUCGCGCCCAGCGCCAACACCAGCAUCGGCAGUGCCAUGACGGUAGGUGGGGGGUUCGGCAGCGUAGGUAGUUUGAGUCGGGAGGACCUCAACAGGCACACGCAGGAGUUCGCGCUGCUGCGUCCUCCUCCGAUGGCACAUCCACAGUUUCUCGUGCGCUCGCAAGCUGUUUCGCAUUCGCAGGCGGUCCCACACUCGCAGCUCGUUGGGCAUCCGCAACCUAUCGUGGAUCGACAGCCUGUGCGCGAGUCGGAGAAGCCGAAGCCGCCUGAGCGAAGCGCAAGGCGGCUCUCGUCGUUCCCCAUCCUCGACGAUGACGGCGUGCCGGCUGAGCUCAAACGUGACCUUGAGGACUCUUCGCCGAUUGAGACAUCGACGCCUGCGUUUGAGGCGAUGGCAAGAGUCGCGCGCCCGCACACACCUAUUCCUAUGACACCUAUCACAUCGCGAGCGCCGUCUGCGGCCGGAAUGCACUCUGAGUCCCAAACGCAGGCAGCGCAGCGCGAGCCCACACCGCCUCCGGUGCAAACGUUCACCAGCCCGCUCCCCCCGAUACCCACACACAUCCACCAUGAAGCAGCUCCCGAGCAUGUCCGUCCCUCUUACUAUCAGUCUGCUCUUGCCCCUCCGCGAGGGCCCUCGCCGGGUUCUUAUGUCUCGCCCACACCUCCGUCUGAAGUUGCUGCGCCCGCACCGCUCCCUAUGUCUCCGCCACAACCCUCCGAGCCCCCGACUCCCCUUCCUCUCCCUACCCCGCGUGUCAAGUCUCCCAUGCCGCCCCCGCCCUCUCUGCCGAGAGAAGUGCAGAGCGCCGUACCUAAAGUUCUCCGCAAUGAGGUGAUGCAGUCUCGAGGCGAGUUACCAGAGCAGCCCCUCCCUCCCCUUGCUCAAAGUCCUCCUGUCGAGAGGAGGCCGCGUAAGAGAGAGACGAUGAGAGAGGAAGAGAGAAUGUCUGCUUACUUGCCAGUCGCCCAGCUCCGGCCGCAGGUUCAUGCGCAGGUGCAGACACGGGAACAGGAGCCUGAACCUGCCGCACAGACGUUGGCACGUAAACGCAUCAGUACAGCGCAGAUAUCAGGGCCGGUGAGGCAGCCAACUCCUCCGUCACAAGCACAACACAGGAGUCGUUCUACCUUCUUGGCACCGCAGCCACACCAUCGGUCUCAAACGCCUCCAAUCGAUGGGCACUACCGCUCCAGGACGUCCACUGUACCUGCACCUCCCCGAUCGCAGUCUCCGCCGCCGGUCCCGGAAUUCCGCGCGCAAUCUCCGCCCCCGGCCAUGGCUCACUCCCGCGUUCGUUCACCUACUGCGUACACUCAGGCCCGUGCCCAAUCGCCUCCUCCACGUGUACCCUCUCGCGCCAGGUCGCCGACCUCAUCUCAGGAUCAUGGAAUCCGUCACGGCCGUAGCCAAGAGCAGUCGUUCUUUCAGCUCACGCGAGCGGGGACAAGCCGCAGUGGUGGCACGCAUUCCUCGUCGCAUAACACGCGUCGGCGUGAGACUGCACCCUCUACCCCGGUGCCGCAGUACACGAGCCCGUCACCGUCUACGACGUAUUCGCAGCCACAACCCGCCCCACGAGCGGAGCGGCGCUCUAGAUCGCAGGCGCCGACCUCGCAUAGGGUCCAGCGGCACCAGCAACGGCCUCAGACACCUGUUGCAAACCUUAGGUUUGACGAGUACGCAAUCCCGACUCGGGAGCAGCUUAAACAUGCCGCAUCGCUUCCUGUGGUUGCGCAGAAUGGAAUCCGGGUGCAGUUUGGAGAGCUGUUCAAAUCUAGGAGGACCGUCAUCUGUUUCCUGAGACAUUUCUGGUGCCCUGCUGACCAAGACUACAUGUAUUCAGUCGCCAGAGAAGUUGACCCCGAGGCACUCAGGCAUGCGGGUCUUGACCUUGUAUUCGUUGGAUUAGGCUCGCCGGCUAUGAUCAAGUCAUAUAAACAGAUUUGGCGCAUGCCGUUCCUGAUAUUCACCGACCCCACCCUGCGUCUUCACGCGGCGCUUGGGAUGACGCGGCGCACACAAGACGCAGGCUCCGAGUUCGAGAGAGGAGAAUAUGCCAGACACGGGCCGCUUGGGGGCCUUGCAAUGGUGGUCAGGAACGCUAUACGCGUGGGCAUGCCCGUUUGGGAGAAAGGCGGUGAUGUCACUCAGCUUGGCGGAGAGUUCGUCCUCGGCCCUGGACCGACGUGCCUCUACACGCAUCGCAUGCGCACGACACGCUCGCACGCGCCCAUCUUACACGUCCUCUCGGCUGCUGGCCUCUCCACGGGCCUCCGCGGUGCCUCGCCCUCCCUCGCGCCCAACGACGAGGAACAAUGGAUGGAGGAGCGCCGACGCAGCUACGCGCGCAUGCAGGCACGCCGCGAGAAGCGGCGCGAGGGCGGCGAGCAGUGGCGGCGCGAGGACUCGACGGACAUGGCGUACGGCAGCGACACCGGCAGCGCCAGCGUGAGCGGGUGCUGGGGCACGAACAUGCCGCGGGAGGAUGCCCCCGCGGGCACGGGCACGGACGUUGGCGCGGGCAGGGGCGACGGGGAGCGGAAGCGGCCCGUACGGAGCUUCCACAUUGCAAACCCAGAUCCUCACAACCACCGAUACCUGCCACCGACGCCGGUUGACGAGGAGCACACGGCCGGGGACCACGGGUGGGACGCGGACGUGUCGGAUCUGCCGUACCUGCAUGGGAUUGUGCGCGACCGCGCCGAACCGUUCAGGCUGACGGAGGAAGUGCUCGCGUAUCCGUAUGGGAAAUCGUGAGUAGGGUGCUACGCAAUCAGCUAGCUUGACUCUGGCAGUCGGAUGGACUUACAUAGGGUAGUAAAUUAUCAACCUGUCAUCACGUUCUGUAUGUAUCACCAGCUGUUAAGUAAGUGCUGUCGUAGUUAUUUCGAAUUAAGCCCACAGGGUAUAGGUAGUCGAUCUCAUCACAA